CUUUUGCGUCAUCUCCGUGUCUCCAUAGUAUGUUUUCAAGGGGGCGGCUAUUCGAUUAGCAUGGAGGUAGUAACUGAAAAACGAAGCUAAAAGUCCAAAUGUCUGCGGUUUAACAAGUUGGGACAAGGCAUUUAUGGCAAAGGACUGACUGACUUCAAACCAGCAGAACACUGAACAAUGGGCCAGAGAAGGAAAGUUGGAUCUACGAACACUCCCUCAUCUCAGAGUGAAUCUGCAGACGCUUCCAAGGUCCACAGCCGGAAGCACAACAUUUGCAUGGUGUCAGACUUUUUCUAUCCAAAUAUGGGAGGAGUAGAAAGUCAUAUUUACCAGCUGUCUCAGUGUCUGAUCGAAAAGGGACACAAGGUGGUAAUCGCCACGCAUGCCUAUGGCAAUAGGAAAGGUGUCCGGUACCUGACCAACGGCCUGAAGGUCUACUACCUGCCUCUGCAGGUGAUGUACAACCAGUCCACAGCCACCACCUGCUUCCACAGCCUCCCUCUGCUGCGCUGUGUUUUUGUCAGGGAGCGCAUCACCGUGGUGCACGCACACAGCUCCUUCUCUGCUAUGGCCCACGAUGCACUGUUCCACGCCAAGACAUUGGGCCUGAACACGGUGUUCACUGACCACUCUCUCUUCGGCUUUGCUGACGUCAGUUCCGUGUUGACCAACAAGCUCCUGACCGUGUCACUGUGUGACACCAACCACAUCGUGUGCGUCUCGUACACCAGUAAGGAGAACACGGUUCUACGGGCAGCACUCAACCCAGAGAUUGUGUCCGUUAUCCCCAACGCCGUCGACCCCACAGAUUUCACCCCAGACCCUUCACAGCGUCCACCCGACCGGAUCACAAUUGUUGUCAUCAGCCGGCUUGUCUACCGUAAAGGAAUUGACCUGCUCAGUGGAAUAAUCCCAGAACUUUGCCUCAAACAUCCCGAUCUGCAUUUCUUAAUUGGCGGCGAGGGACCGAAGAGACUCGUGCUGGAGGAAGUGAGAGAAAAAUACCAACUUCAUGACAGGGUACGUCUGCUCGGUGCCCUGGAACAUAAAGACGUGCGAGGCGUCUUGGUUCAAGGUCACAUCUUCCUCAACACGUCGUUGACCGAGGCCUUCUGCAUGGCCAUCGUGGAGGGAGCCAGCUGCGGCCUUCAGGUGGUGAGCACUCGUGUGGGUGGAAUUCCUGAGGUGUUACCCGAGGAUUUGAUCACACUGUGUGAGCCGACCGUUCGCUCCUUGUGUGCCGGUUUGGAAAAGGUCAUUUCCGAGCACAGGUCAGGCUCGGUGCCCUCACCCGCCUCCAUCCAUUCUCGGGUGAAAAACCUCUACACAUGGAAAAAUGUGGCCGAGAGGACUGAAAAGGUGUAUGACAGAGUAGCGGGAGAAGAGGUGCUUCCACUGGACAGGAGGUUACGGAGACUCAGGUCUCACUGCGGCCCUGUUGCAGGCUCCAUUUUCGCCAUUUUUGCCGUGCUGGACUUCCUGUUCCUGCUGCUCCUGCAGUGGUUGGCACCCGACCGGCACAUGGACAUGGCUGUGGAUGCCACAGGCCCAAACGGGCUGUGGAAGGAGAAUAGGAAGGAUAGUUAUGCUGGUUGCUAAUGUGCCAUGAAGCGAGUAGCGGAAACAAAAACUUCUUAUCUUCAUCUCUUGUUGCCAUGUUGCAGGAAUCCAGCCGACGUUGUUGGGACAGCUACUGAAUUCUGGAAUGUGCUCAGGAGAAUCCUUAACGGUGUUUACAUUUUAUUAACAAAAGGGAGUUUGUGUUAAAGGUGUUUUGGCACUUUUUAAAAGAUUUAUACAGCCAUGUGCUUCAGUGGAAAAAAGUCAUUUGUUUCGUUAUACUUUCUUUUCAAAUUUAAAGAAGUAUAAAGAAACUUCUUUUAACAUUAAUUUAAACUGGUCUUGGUUUGUAGUUCUGAAUUUUUUGGGGUGGUAUAUUUUCAGAAUUUAUAUAUUUACAACUCCGCAGCUUGACAGUUUAUUUCUAAUCUUUAUUUUCAUUCCUCUGUUGUCUGCUUUUUUACGUAUUUGUUGAAACCGUCACUAUGUCAUCACACUGUGGUACGAAACAGAUAAUCUGAAAAAAAUCGUGCUCCUCUGUCUUCUCCCAGUGCUCCUAGUGAUGAGUACAAACAGCCAAUCAGAGCCAGGAGGCAGGCCUUAGCGCCAUCAAUCACAAAUUAGUGUGGCGCAACUCAUCCUCUCUCUGUGACCCUCUGCUGCGCUGCUGCUAGCAGAGCCUGUUAUGAAUGCUCAGUAUAGUCAGCAUGGUCACUGAUGAUGGUGGCUUAAUGGUUUUCCUGUAGCUGUAAGUUGUUUCUCCCCCAUUAGCACGUUUAGCAGUGAGCACGAGGUUGAUUGACAGCGCUAAGACCCUCCUUCUGUUUCGAAAUGUUUGUUAUUGAUCAUGUAGCUCCAGGAAGAGGUGCAGGAGUUUGAUCUUUUCGCAGAUUAUCUUUCUCAUAACCUACCACCACGACUUGGUGAAAUCAUAUUAUUUAUAAUAGUUAUAUACUGCAGCUUUGGUAACAAUUUAGUUGACGGGUUGUGAAUAAAACUGUCAUGACACCGUCAUUAAACUUUAAAAAUUUUGUAACUUUAUAUUAUUAAAGCUAACGUUAAGUCAGUAAUACUUUUAUAACAUUUAUGUCAGAUCAUGAUUUCUUGGUUAAUGACAAGUUGUCAUAACAAAGAUAUUUUCAAUAAUGUCAACUUUGUAUUAAAAGUGUCAUGAUUUACUGACAACAGUCAAACAUUCAUAAAGACUUCCUCAUGUUCAUGACAGGUGUUAUGUAAUGUUUAUGACGGUGUCAUGACAGUCUUAUUCACAACCCGUCAAAUAAAAUGUUACCGCAGCUUUAGCUCAUCUUUAGCCACAUACUGCCCAAGAACUGCACACUGGUCUUAAAAUGAGCACAAAAAAGCAGGGAGAGUCCAAAGGAAACUGUUGAUGAAUGUUCAAAUAGUCUUGGUCAAACUACUGACCAAGACUGCUGUAAAAACUUGAGACAGAAAUCUGACUCUCUGGAAAAGAAGCAUAAAGAACUCAGAUUUUAAACUUUUGCACAUUGCCAUUAUUGCACAAAAAGAAAGGGGAAUGGAAAACACAUUUAAAUAUGCAAAGAACAAAAAAAAAAGCUGCAGUAUAUUGUAUUCUGUUACUGGUGGAACUUGUAUGAUUUAUAAAAUUUACUUUUAUAAAAAAGCUUCGUCAUGAGAAGGAUUUUUUUUUGUUCAUUUGACCUAAAAACAGUCUCGGAAAUAAAAGUACUUUUACAUUUAAAAACUGUU